AUGCUUUGUCGAUCGGCCUCGUCUGUUCAGCUCCUGGCGCUUCCUCAGGCCGGCAUGAUCCCCGAGGAGCUGCUUCCUCCUGGCGGGAAGGUGGACCUCUUCGCCGUCCACUCGCGGCUCAACGUCGAGGAGCACAGGAGGGUCGUGCACAGGGACGCCCGCUGGGUCACCAUCGUCAGGGAGCCGACCAGCGUCUUCGAGUCCCUCUACAGCUUCUACGGCAUCGCCCGCUGGUACAGCUUGGACGUGACGGAGCUGAAGAAAGUUCCCUUGGAGGUGAGAGAGCCAGCGCCUUUCCUCUGUGUAGGCCUCUUCUCUCGUGGCUGCGAUUCGUUCCCUCUUCUUGGUAAGAGAUCGGCGACUCGUUUCGGUUCCGACGUUAGCAAUGUUUGUCUUACUCCGCAGAAGCUGAAGGCCUUUCCUCGCUUCGGGGAUAUCUUCGGCAAGAACCAGAUGCUGUUCGACCUGGGCUUCCCCGACGACCUGUCCGAGGCGCGGCUGCGGCAGGCGAUCCAGGAGACCGACCGCCUCUUCGACCUGGUGAUGGUGGCCGAGCGGAUGGACGAGUCGCUGGUCCUGCUGCGCCACCUGCUGUGCUGGAGCCUCCACGACGUCGUUGUGUUCGCCAAGAACGCCCGUCGGGAGGGCGUGAGGCCCGCCCUGGACGCACACACGCGGCGGACGCUCCGAGAGCUGAACGGCGCCGACGGGCGCCUCUACGAGCACUUCCUGGCCAAGCAUCAGCGCGCGGUGCUGGACUUCGGCGUCCGGAGGAUGGCGCGCGAGGUGGCCGCCCUCAGGAGCCUCCGCGAGCGGUACUUCGAGGCGUGCGGCGUGCUCCGGGUGGAGGGCCACAACCCAUUCCCCAAGUUCAGGGAGUACUCGGGCCUCGUCGGCGCCUACGCCACGGACAGCGACGACGAGCAGUGCCAGAGGCUCUCCUUCUCGGAAAUUGCGCUCCUAGACGAGGCAAGAGACAGGCAGGUGGCUUUCCUCGAGAAAGCCAGACUCUCGCAGCAAAAAUCUGGCUCCGACGUUUAGAGUUUAUUGAGUCUCAUCUGCGAUUUCUGUGUGGGCUUACAAGCAUACCUGUGUGCAAAGACAGCGUCCAAAACGGCGCCCACGCGGCUUGGGCGUCUGUCCUCGGGCGAUUCCGAUGCCAGCGCCCCUGGUGGGAGAACAAGCUGACCAUUCAGGAUGACCUGGGCUGACCCAGUCAGAUCGCCUCCACUCGCUACUACGUGAAUCCCCCCCCCCUCCCCCUCUCGGGCUGGGCCGGCCCAGCUACCGCGCAACGCUGUUCGUCUAUGUCUGUUGUACUGUUUCCGCAAAUAAGAGUCGACCCGAACCAUUCUGUCACUGCUAUCCACAA